AUGUAUUGUGGAGAUUACACACAAGGAACAAUUCUUCCUGCUCCAAAUUUUAACCCUAUAAUGGAUGCCCAGGUGCUAGGAGGAGCUCUACAGGGAAUUAGUUGUGAAAAAGAUGUGUUGAUUGAAAUCCUAACUCAGCGUUGCAACUCCCAGCGGCUCAUGAUUGCUGAGGCAUACAGGGACAUGUAUGGCAGGGAUCUGAUAACAGACCUAAAAGAGAAUCUCUCUCAUCACUUUAAAGAAGUUAUGGUUGGCUUGAUGUAUCCACCUGCAUCUUAUGAUGCCCAUGAGCUUUGGCAUGCCUUGAAGGGAGUAGACACAGAAGAAAAAUGUCUAAUUGACAUAUUAGCCUCAAGAUCAAAUAUGGAGAUCUUUCAGAUGAAAGAAGCCUACCUAAUGCAAUAUAACACUGAUCUUCAACAAGAUAUUGAUUCUGAGACUUCAGGUCACUUCAGAGAUACACUCAUGAACCUUGCUCAGGGUACAAGGAUGGAAGGAUAUGCAGACCCUUCUACAGCUGCUCAGGAUGCAAUGAUACUAUGGGAAGCAUGUCAGCAGAAGACAGGCGAACACAAAAACAUGCUGCAAAUGAUUCUCUGCAACCGGAGUCACCAGCAGCUGUGGAUGGUUUUCCAGGAGUUCCAAAAUAUCGCUGGGCAAGACAUAGUAGAUGCCAUUAAUGAAUGUUACGAUGGAUACUUUCAAGAAUUACUGGUUGCAAUAGUUCUCUGCAUUCGUGACAAGCCUUCCUACUUUGCUUACAGGCUUUAUAAUGCAAUUCAUGACUUUGGUUUUCACAAUAAAACAGUUAUUAGGAUUCUCAUUGCCAGGAGUGAGAUAGACUUGAUGAACAUACGCCAGCGAUACAAAGAGAGAUAUGGGAAAUCACUCUUCCAUGACAUUAAACAUUUUGCUUCAGGGCAUUAUGAGAGCGCUUUACUUGCUAUCUGUGCUGGUGAUACAGAAGAUUAUUAAGAAGAUGUACUCUGAAGGCUAUGCAAACCUAUUUUAAAUAGAAAUUAAAGCUAUGUGUAAGUGAACUUGAAGCUAACUGUAAGAGAUCCCUAU